AGGUGCGCUGUGAGGAAUAUGCUACCAAAGGAUAAUAUUUUUCGUUUAAAGUAAAAUAUUCAACAAAAGCUUAGUUUCAGGUAUGAACCACGUCGCUAACGGCCAUAUGGACAUUCCCAUCUUUCACACCGAAGAAGGCAGAUACCUCGCUCAGUCACUCGGCGAUCCUUUGAUCAAAGGUCUGACCGAAGUGGCUAACGUUAAACCAAAGGAUCCAGUUGCUUUCCUUGCGACGUUUCUUCAUAAUUUUCCCGAACAAGAGAAAACUCGAUUGGGAACACAGGAAACAAGUAUAAUAGUAACAAAAGAGACGCCCGAAGCAGACAACGAACAACCACCACUGAGUCACGAGGAUGAGGAAGAACCACCCAUGGAGAAGGCAAUAGAAGAUAGAGCUCGUACGGCCGCACGCACAGCCACCCGCACCGCCACGCGUCUACAUCGGCCCAUAGACGUGAUUGCUGUGGAAUCGAACCAGGACACCAGCCCCGAUGCGCCAGAAGCGGCAUAUAGCAGUGCUGAUAGAGAUGAACAUGGACAGUCCAUGCUACAUUUCGCGGCAGCAAGGACUCACACCAACAAUGCGUUAUUCCAACUGUUGCAAGAAUCGGACCUGAGCCUUGGGUAUAGAGAUGAACUGUACCGCACUGCUCGAGAUGUCUCCAUACAAGCCAAUGUGUUGGAAAACACUACUGAAAUCGACCGAUGGGUUUUGCAUCUGGCUGCUAGAGGGAAAACUGAUAAGAUAAUGGAGCUGCUUCUUCAAGGAUACGAUCAUAUUUUGGAUGUAGUUGACGAAGAAGGCGUGCCGAUGUCAGAAGUGGUAGCGCAGCGCGGGGACGAAGAAAUGAUUAAUUUGCUAGCAUCGAUACCUGCUUUUGAGGAGUCAAGGGAAACCCUUCACGGCGCAGUUCGUCGAGGAGACCUGGCAGCAGUGCAGGACUUGGUGAAAGCUGAAGGUGGUCGCACGCUCGCUCGAGCACAGAACACGUUCGGCAGGAACGCACUCCAUGUAGCUGUACUAGCCCAGCACGAAGACGUCGUGGCUUACUUGGCUGAAAACUGCGUUGAGCUGCUUCGACUUGGGGAUAAUCUGGAACGUACUCCCCUGCACUAUGCAAUGGGAGUCAACAAAAUGGAAUCAUUAAGCCACUUGCUGAUCCAAGCGGGCGCUAAGCGAGUCCUUAAAGACCUCAAAGGGCGUCAACCAUCCUACUAUUUCAUGAAUAAAUCCGAUAUACUACGUCUUAAGGAAGAAGAAGAAGCUUAUUAGGGAAGGUUUGAAUUAAAGAGUUAAAGACUCCGAACUAAAGACAAGUAUACGAGUAAGUUCUUUCAUUGAACGAUACCUUAAGGAAUUUGGCGCAGUCUAUAAGAGUAGGUACAAUCAGACGGUACGUUUUUAGUGUCGACCAUUUAAUAAUAACAAAUCAGCAUUUUUAGAAUAUGACAAAAUAUUUAGAAAAUUCAUAAAUAAUACGGUACCAAAAAAUAAGGUAAGUAAGUAGGUACAACGACACUAAAUAAUGGAUCGUCUAAUUGUGCCAAAUGCUGGUGUAACAUAAAACUCCAGCUUGAAUUUUUAUGCCAGUAUAAGAGAGGUUCUGCAGUAAAUGAAAAUAAAUACAUAGGUAUACCUACGCAUAAAUGAAUUUCUGAAACCAGCGGAAGAAUAGGUAAAACGUAGCUCAAAAAUUUAUUUUUAUCUAACAAUUGUUUUAGAAACUAUACUUUAAUGGUAGCUAAGUAGGUAUCAAUACCAGGUAGGUAUUAUAAGUACUUAAAACCAGAAUUUAAAAUAGUUAUUAUUAUUUGAUACCCCAAAAGCUCUUGUCUGAGAGUAUUGUAUAAUGCAUAAAUUUUAACUUCUCACUCGCCAUAUCAACUGGCAUAUCAAAAGAACGGACCGCACUUUUGAUAUGACAUUUGACCUUAUAAUUAAAAUGACGAGUGAGUUCUCAUUUUGUACAGACUAUAAUUAGGUAGGUACAGACUUUAGAUAUAACUUAGAAAACUUUCGAAUGAUAGUAAAACCAGAUGAGUAUUUUUCACCAAUUUUGAUUGAUAAAAUGAAUACUUAUUUACUAGCUUUAAAUUAAAAUUACUUAUGUACUUGUAGGGACCCUUAUAGUACACCGAUAUUUUAUCCCUUGAAUGUUUUUCGUAAAUAAAAUGAU